GAGAGCUGAGUCCUCCUGUUACACCGGGAAACCGAGCUGUUAAUCAGACAUCGCACAAUUAUCAUCAUCAUUAUUACUCUUGGUGUUUAUUUCUUUCGAAUAAUAUACAGAAAACACUGCGUUUCCGAGCAAAUCAACUCUAAAGGAGAGAAAAACGAGAUCAAAGAGGCAGGUGCCCAAGCUCCAAAAGGUUUUAAACCCCAGAAAUCUCUCUGCUACAUGCUAAGUGUCCUUCACUGACUUCCCACCACAACAACAAGUGUUUACUCCAGCACAUAUCUCAUCAACAUGGAAGAGGGAUACCGAGACCGAACAGCCUUCAUCAAGGGCGCCAAGGACAUCGCCAAGGAAGUGAAGCGGCAUGCAGGGAAGAAGGUGGGCCGCCACGUGGACCGCAUGGCUGACGAGUACACCAAGCGCUCAUACACACGUUUCGAGGAGGACGACGACGAUGAUGAUUACCCAGUGCAGGCCCAGGACGGGAGCUACUACCGCAGCAACAGCCGCGCCAACGACGAUGAUGACGGUGCACACAGUGAUUCCACAGAGGGCCACGAUGAGGACGAUGAGAUCUACGAGGGCGAGUACCAAGGCAUCCCGAGACAGGACUCGUCAGCAGGCAAGGUGGACGGGCAGGCGGGCGCGGCACGGGCGCAGCAACGCGAUCUAGCACAGCUCGAGGGCGAGAGGCGUAAGGAUCAGGAGGAGCUGGCGCAGCAAUACGAGACCAUCCUCCAGGAGUGCGGUCAUGGACGUUUCCAGUGGACGCUGUACUUCGUGCUGGGGCUGGCACUCAUGGCCGACGGCGUGGAGAUCUUCGUGGUUGGCUUCGUGUUACCCAGUGCUGAGAAGGACAUGUGCCUGUCGGAGCCUAAUAAAGGCAUGCUGGGACUCAUUGUGUACCUGGGCAUGAUGGUGGGCGCUUUUGUGUGGGGCGGUCUGGCUGAUCGGAUCGGCCGCAGGCAGACUCUGCUCAUCUCUCUCUCAAUCAACAGCGUCUUUGCUUUCUUCUCCUCCUUCGUCCAAGGAUACAGCUCCUUCCUGUUCUGCCGCCUGCUCUCCGGUGUUGGGAUUGGAGGGUCCAUCCCUAUAGUCUUCUCAUACUAUUCAGAGUUUUUGGCUCAGGAGAAGCGUGGAGAACAUUUGAGCUGGCUCUGCAUGUUCUGGAUGAUUGGAGGAAUCUAUGCUUCAGCCAUGGCCUGGGCCAUCAUCCCCCAUUAUGGCUGGAGCUUCCAGAUGGGCUCGGCUUAUCAGUUCCACAGCUGGAGAGUGUUUGUUCUGGUGUGCGCUUUCCCCUCGGUGGCUGCCAUCGCUGCUCUCAACACAAUGCCUGAGAGUCCACGCUUCUACCUGGAGAAUGGGAAACAUGACGAAGCCUGGAUGAUCCUGAAACAAGUCCAUGACACCAACAUGAGGGCUAAGGGCUACCCAGAGAGGGUCUUCUCUGUGACCACCAUUAAGACCGUGAAGCAGUUGGAUGAAUUGGUGGAUAUGGGAGAUGAUACCACCGCCUGGUACCAGCGCUGGAAGCUCAAGCUCAUUAAUCUGUUUCAUCAGGUUUGGAGCAACUUCCUGACUGUUUUCAAUCCAGAGUACCGCCGUGUCACCUACAUGUUGAUGGCUGUCUGGUUCUCCAUGUCGUUCAGCUACUACGGCCUGACCGUCUGGUUCCCUGACAUGAUCAAAUAUCUGCAAAAGCAGGAGUACAACUCGCGCACCAAGGUCUUUAUCAAGCAGAAAGUGGAGCAUAUGACCUUCAACUUCACCUUGGAGAACCAGAUUCAUCGUCAGGGAGAGUACUUCAACACCAAGUUUUUGAAUCUCAAGAUGAAGUCCAUGAUAUUCGAGGACUCCCUUUUUGAAGAGUGUUACUUCGAGGACAUCACCUCCACCAACACCUUCUUCAAGAACUGCACCUUCAUCGCUACCCUCUUCUACAACACAGAUCUGUUCAAGUACAGGCUGAUCAACAGCCACCUCAUCAACAGCACCUUCCUGCAUAACAAAGAGGGCUGCCUGCUGGACGUCAGCGACGAGAACAACGCCUACAUGAUCUACUUCGUCAGUUUCCUCGGCACGCUGGCUGUCCUGCCUGGGAACAUCGUGUCCGCUCUGCUCAUGGACAAAAUCGGACGUCUGAGGAUGCUGGCCGGCUCCAGCGUGAUCUCCUGCGUCAGCUGUUUCUUCCUGUCUUUUGGGAACAGCGAGUCGGCCAUGAUAGCCCUGCUCUGUCUGUUUGGGGGAAUCAGCAUCGCCUCGUGGAAUGCCCUGGACGUACUCACUGUGGAACUGUUCCCAUCUGACAAGAGAACCACAGCUUUCGGGUUCCUGAACGCCCUGUGCAAGCUCGCCGCCGUCCUGGGAAUAAGCAUCUUCCAGUCCUUCGUUGGCAUCACCAAAGCCGUGCCCAUCCUGUUUGCGUCUGGCGCGCUGGCGGCCGGGAGCUUUUUGGCGCUAAAGCUCCCGGAGACAAGGGGGCAGGUGCUACAAUAGUGUAGCCUCCGUGCCAGCAGGUGGCAGUGUUGAAUUAGGCAGAAUCAUUCUGCAGUCUGAUCCCGAUCCCUCAAACAAAACACAUUUUGUCAGAUUUGGAAUUUUAGAUGGUAUAAAUAUAUCCCCUUCAUUUUUUUAGAUGAUUCGUUGGUGAGAUACGAGAAAAUCUCAUCACUCAUCCUCAGCAUCAGUCCAUGCAAAAUUUAACAUCACGUGUUAUUUUACAUAUCUGUACAUUCAUGAGUGGCGCAGUCCUGACAACUAUAAUGAGCAUCUCUACAGGGAGGACAGAUGUGUGUGUGUGUGUGUGUGUGUGUGUGUUUAUGUAUGCGCCUAUUGAACAACUGCCAUUUUAGACACAUUCCAGGUUGUUUUGUUGUUUGAACAUGUUAACUGGCCAGUGAUGAGUUUGCCCUUUAAUCUUGGUCCACAGCAUCGCGGUGAGGCGAGGCGAGGCGAGGCGAGGUGAGAGCGUGUCGUCAGUCAGUUGGUAGAUCUUUUCUGCACGGACAGUGUUUGCUCUUAGUGUGGUUCUGGUUGUUGUUGGUUGUUGUUGUUGUUGUUGUUUUCCACUCACGAUGUCAUGAGAGUUUUAUUUUUUUGAGCAGUUAUUGAAAUUGUACAAAAAAGUUUAACGUGAAUUUAAAAUAAUAAUAAUAACAAUAAUAAUAAUAAUAAAAUUUUAAGAUCAUAGCAACAGAAAGGCAUGCUUUAGUAUCGGUUUAACUGGAAGCACUGUACAUAACAUCUGGAAUGAAGAUUAGAAGUGACAGUGUGAAAAAAUAAGUGCUCCCCAUUCGCAUCUUCAGUCCACGAUGUAACGUCUUCGUGUGCAUUCACAGUGGUUCAGUAGUUACAACGCAUCGUUCCUUCCUUUGUGUUCCUUCAACACACAUUCACAAAUUCUCUUUGAUGAAAAAAUUAAAGGAACGAAAAGUUAUGUUUCUUCUUCCAUAGGCACAAAUCUUUUAGGGGAAAAAUAUGACGGAAUAAUAUGAGGGGGAAAAACCAUAUCAAGCACAAGAUGGUUUAAGAAGACUAUCAAAACAAGGUUAAGAUUUAUUUUAAAAAGUGAUGAUGUAAAUGCUGUAAUGAAUAUAAAUAUACAGUUUAAUCUGUUUGUCCUGAACGCACUAAUAGCUCAUAAUCAAUAUACGAUUAUAUAAAUAUAUAAAGAAAAAAAAUCCUGAAAUGAACUUUCAGUUUCCAGUGAAAUAGUACCAUAUGUCUUAGAUAGGUUCUCCUCGCUGUCUGUAAAUAUUUAUCAGUUUGUUAAGGUAAUGUUUUUAACGAGACAUAUUCAGAAAUGCAAUCUGUGCAUCGCGGCGACAUCACGGCGACAUCACGGUGACAUCACGGUGACAUCACGGUGACAUCAUGGUGACAUCAUGGUGACAUCAGUGAGGCGUCCGCUCAACUUUUCUGUUCUCACGACGAUGAUGAUGAUGAUGAUGCAGUACCUGUAGGUGUGUUUGUGUGUAAAAAUGUGCUUGCACGUGAACCGUUGAGUUGUUCCACGGAUUUGUAUUUAUUUAACGAUUUAUUUAUACGAGAGCUUGAUUUUAUAGUAUUUUUUACUUUGGAUGUCAGUAGUGUCUCACAUGCAGGGUGAAGUUUUUAUCGUCGUCACAACUACGGAAAAUGAAAUGCGAUUAUUAGACGCUGAGAGAUUUUAAUGAUACAUUUUUUUAAAUAAUAAUAUCUGGGUAAGAGCGAAGAGCACACACACAUAACAAAACAAAACAAUCUUCUGAUUCUAAAUCUAAACGAGUUCCGUUUAAAGAUUUCCUGUUAACAACUGCCUUUUUUCGUCGACUCUACAGAUGGUUUAGCAAAAAAUACAGUUAGAUAAGAAGCUUCUGUUUGCAGGUGACACGUCUUUACUGCCAUUUUGUAGGAUAGCAGCCAUAUUCUUAAUGCAAUCAGUGUAUAAAGAUAAAAGAAAUAAACACUAAAACACGUACAGUCUAAGAGGAAAGUAUGAGGAUCUCUAUUUUUUCCCGCUAAUAGUGGACGUCAUCGCAAACAAUUACGAAGCACAAUCUGUCAUCUCCAGUCCACUGCUUUCGACCAGCCGAGUCUGCGAUCUCCUUCACUUGGUGCAAUGAAAAAAAACUUUAAGAAAUAAAAAUGGCGGUGUGAACUUUUAGAGGAAACCGUGAUAAUGUUCAAAUUAUAGAUAUGAAGCUUCCAGGACGAAACAAAUGGUACUAAACGCUACCUUGAGCACAGUAUUGUGCGAAAGUCUUGACCCCCCCCCCCCCAUUUUUCCAUAUUCAAUGUAAUUAAAUUAAAAGAUAUAGAUUAAAAUAAAGCAAUUUGAACAAAUGUUUUACUGCGACGGCCUGCAAAGCGCCUGAAGUAACAAUUUAAAAAUUGGUUGUUUAUGAAACAACCUCAGCAGCACCCUCAUUUCCCCUCUCGUCAACCAUCCAAGUAUAUUAAUCACCAACCUGAUCAUCUGUCAUCGUCCCCAUCUGUUUCCCACUGGCUCAUGCCUCAAGUUA